AUGUCUAUAGAGAUGCCUAAAGAGACUACAGAGAUGUCUUUAGAGAAUACCGCUCUGAAACGACGACUUUCUUUGAAGAACCGAACCGUUCGGCAGAUUACGUCAGUACUUCACCGGUCCCACUCGAAGGUUCUCACGGGCCCUCGCUUAAAGCGAACCAUACGACCUUGUCCUGACGGCUGUGAGGAGCAUGGCGUGAAGACGGCCGUGGAGAAGGGACACCGGGCCUGUGUCAUGAAACACUUAAUCUCCGACUCACCCACAGGUAUCGGAGAUGGAAGGGACGACAUACUUCUGUUCCGGGCUUGCAAACAACCAGAGAUUUUGGAGAUGUUACUGGAAUUCGGAUGUGACGUCAACGCCGCGUGUCCUGUCGAUGUAGAAGUGCAAACUCGGUUGAUUCCCGCCGGCCAGACUGCUCUUCAUGUCGCUGCUGUAGACGGCAACCUCACCAGCGUUAAAAUUCUUCUACAGUACGGCGCAGACGCAGAUCCUCGAGAUGUAAACAACACGUCACCGCUGUUUGCCGCCUGUUCAGCUGAUCAAGCGGAAGUGACUAACUACUUAUUUCGUGUCUGCCUCAGAAACAACAACACGUCAUCAAUGGCCGCCUGGUCAGCCCAGACAUUAUUACAAGCGAGUAUGCGUGGUUAUCUUUGUAUAGUUCGUCUGAUUUGUGAUAAAGGUCUCGCAAAUCCUGACAGCCCUGAUAUUUACGACGGUCUUACACCAUUGAUUGCAGCUUCCCGGGCCGGACAUACGGCUGUAGUCCGUUAUCUCUUAGAUCAGAAAGUGAACAUUGGAUGGCGUGACAAAUUGCGCCACUGGACAGCCGAGGAUUAUGCCCAGGCUUAUAAUCACAAACAAUGUGCUUCUCUUUUAGUUGAGGCCAAAAAAAUGGCGGCAUCCUCACAAAAAGACGUUCUCUUAUUUUUUCUUUCUUUUGCUUACUUUCUUUGUCGCUUUCUUUCUUUUUCUUUCUUUCUUUCUUUCUUUUUUCUUUUUUUCUUUCUUUCUUUCUUUCUUUCCGUCUUGCUUUCCUUCUUACUUCUUACUUCUUUCUUUCUCUUCCCGUUCGUCUUUCUUUCUUUCUUUCUUUCUUUCUUUCUUUCUUUCUUUCUUUCUUUCUUUUUCGCUCUGUCUUUCUUUCAUUUUCCUCUCAGUCUGACUUUCCUUCUUCGUCUUUCUUUCUCUUCCGCUUCGUCCGUCUUUUCUUUCUUUCUUUCUUUCUUUCUUUCUUUCUUUCUUUCUUUCUUUCUUUCCGUCUUGCUUUUCUUCUUUCUUCAUCUUUAUUUAUUUCCUUUCUUUCUUUCUUUCUUUCUUUCUUUCUUUCUUUCUUUCUUUCUUUCUUUCUUUCUUUCACUCACUUCUUUGAAUUUUCUUUUUUCAUACUUUCUUUAUUUACUUACUAUUAUCCUAGGAUUACGGUAUUUAUUUAUUUAUUCCGGCGUCCUUCUUUUCUUCAUUCCGUUUUUCUUUCUUUCUUUUUGGCCUCCGUCUUGCUUCAUGAUUUUCUUUCUUUCUUUCUUUCUUUCUUUCUUUCUUUCUUUCUUUCUUUCUUUCUUUCUUUCUCCCUCCAUCUUUCUUUCUUACUUUUCCCCUUCCAUCUUUCUUUCUUUCUUUCUUUCUUUCUUUCUUUCUUUCUCCGCCUAG